UGCUCGCAGAAACACGUCCCUGGAUUCGUAUCCAAAGCCGGAGAGCUCAGAUCUAAAGGCAUCGAUGUAAUCGCCUGUGUCUCCGUCAACGACGCGUUCGUGAUGGAAGCGUGGAGGAAAGACCUCGGAAUCAACGAUGAGGUGAUGCUGUUGUCCGAUGGAAACGGUGAGUUCACAGGGAAGCUCGGAGUUGAAUUGGAUUUGAGGGAUAAGCCUGUUGGACUCGGAGUUAGGUCAAGGAGAUACGCGAUUCUGGCUGAGGAUGGUGUUGUGAAGGUUCUGAACCUCGAAGAAGGUGGUGCUUUCACUAACAGUAGUGCUGAGGAUAU